AUGUUGCAGAUACUCCCUUAUCAACUGGAACCAGAGUACUCGUCGACCGAGGAAAGAAGCAGAAGUGAAGAAGAAGAGGAAGAAGACGAUUCUCUUCUUGGAAAUGCAGAUACUGGCGUUCGCCGUUUGGACACGUCUUGGUGCCUUUGCGAACGGUGCGCCAUUAUGCCGACUGAAGUCGAAUCUGUUUGCUGUAAAGAGUCGGCAUUUUUGUCGAAAAUGGUUGAAGAUUUGUCUUGCAUUACCAAGCACAAAAGUUUUCAGUCUGAGCGCCUUAACAGGGAUGUUUUGUGGACAGCGCUGGUUAGUCUCCAUGAUCGAGAGAGUGCUGGUCUUCCUGAUAGGCAGCAAAUGUCCAACAGGUCACUGAGACAUGCUGCAUACAGACAGUUAAGCUGGUGGGUCCAUGGCUACCUUGGAAAGAGCAUUUGGCGUGUAAUACCAUCUUGUGUAGUCAAGAAAAUUAGAGCUGAAUUCCCCGCACAAAAUGGUUUAUACACAGGAUACAGAGGAGAAGAGGAGGAUGACAGUGCCUUUGACAAUGAGCUUGAACAAGCAUGGAGGGAUUUUUUACAAAUCUAA